ACAAGUACAAUACAAUCGUACUCACAAGAGGAAGAAACCAUGGAGUCCAAUCCUCCACCGGCCGCCGGCGCGGGCCAAAAGCUCCACAUUGUAAUGUUCCCAUGGCUAGCCUUCGGGCACAUGAUCCCAUUCCUGGAACUCUCUAAGCUCAUAGCCCAAAAGGGUCACAAAAUCUCCUUCCUUUCCACUCCUAAAAACAUCGAUCGCCUUCCCGAAAUACCCCCCACUCUAUCUCCUCUCAUAAACUUCGUCAAACUCCCUCUUCCCCAUAUCGAAAACCUCCCGGAAAACGCAGAGGCCACGAUCGACCUGCCUUAUGAACAAGUCAAGUACCUCAAAAUCGCCUACGACCGGCUCCAAACACCCAUCACCCAGUUCCUCAAAUCCUCUAAUCCUGACUGGGUAUUCCUCGAUUUCGCUCCUUAUUGGCUCCCCCAAAUAGCAUCCGAUCUUAACAUCUCAACCGCCUAUUUCAACAUCCUAAACGCUGCGCUUCUGGGCUUCCUUGGGCCUGUGCCGGUUUUGAAGGGUGAAGAGGAUUACCGAACUAAACCGGAGGAUUUCGUAAUCCCGCCGAAGUGGGUUCCGUUUGAAUCCACGGUGGCGUUUCGGCUUUUCGAAAUUCUAAGGAUUUUCAGAGAUGGUGUGAGUGGGGACAACGAAAAUGUUCCGGAUUCGUAUAGGAUUGGAGCCACCAUUGAAGGGUGUGACAUUGUAGCCGUGAAAAGCUGUUCGGAGUUUGAACCGGAGUGGUUUGAACUCCUCGUGGAGCUUCACCGGAAACCCGUUUUAGCGGUUGGUCUGCUCCCGGCAACGGCGGAUGACGGCGGCGGCGAUGCAGGCGGCGGAUGGAGUGAGAUAGAGAAUUGGCUUGGAAAGCAGGAGAAAGGGUCGGUGGUGUACAUAGCGUUCGGGAGUGAGGCAGAACUGAGUCAAGACGAACUCACCGAGAUCGCACUCGGGUUGGAGCUGUCCGAGUUGCCGUUCUUUUGGGUGCUGAGGAAGCGCUGUCCGAACGAGUUACCAGAUGGGUUCUUGGAGAGAGUAAAGGGGAGAGGAGUGGUGUGGACGAGCUGGGCGCCUCAACCCAGGAUACUGAGCCACGACUCGGUGGGCGGGUUUUUGACCCACGCGGGUUGGGGUUCGAUUGUGGACGGGAUACAGUUUGGGAGAGGGCUAAUAGUUCUGCCGUUUCUGUCGGAUCAAGGGAUAAAUGCGAGGAUUUUGGAGGAGAAGAAGUUGGGUUAUUCGAUACCGAGAGAUGAGCGAGACGGGUCGUUUUAUAGGGAGUCAGUGGCUGAGUCACUCAGGCUGGUAAUGGUGGAGGAAGAGGGGGAGAUAUACAGGAACAAGGUCAAGGAGAUGAGCGGAUUGUUUGGAGAUAGGGACAGGCAAGACCGUUAUGUGGAUAAUUUGUUGGGAUUUCUUCAAAGUCGUAAAAGGAUCAGGGAAACUACUUGAAACACCAGUUUCAGUUUAUCAGCUUGGGAUUUUUAUUUAUUUCCCAUGUAACGGAUUUCUCUUGGCUGCUGAUUUUGUCACUCAUUUUUUUUGUUAACGUUAUCCUCCUGCAAGUGUAUUUUUGGUGCAAAAAUACAUUUACAGAGGAGUGAUGUUUACAAAAAAGGGAGUGACAAAAUCAUUUCCCUUUCUCUUUUAUAUGGUUGUUUUGUUCAAGACGAAGAAUGUUCAUUUUUUUACUUUCUACUACUUGAUUAGUGGUACUAUCUUGUGGAAAAGAAUGAGAUUAAACAUGUAGAUGAGCCCGAAUUUGCUGAAAUGGAACUUACUAUA